AUGGGCCAAUGGGACAAGGAACUCAUUGCAUGUCUCCCACCAAGCGUGCGAAUCUUUGCUUCAGCGGGCGCCGGCUUCAACUGGGCAGAUGUCGACAUCCUCGCUCAGCACAAGAUCUGGUAUACCAACGGGGCCGGCGCAUCAGACGAGGCGGUUUCAGAUACAGCACUGUACAUGAUUCUGAGUGUAUUCCGAAACUUCACACGCGCGCAACUUGCAGCAAGGACGGCAGACCCGGAGAUCUUCACGGCGACGCACAAAUUGAUUGCGACGAUCUCGCAGAAUCCGCGUGGCCAUAUUCUGGGCGUUGUUGGGUUCGGGAAUAUCAGUAGAAAGCUUGCGUAUAAGGCGGGAACGGCGUUGGGGAUGAGGAUUCAUUACUUCGAUAUUGUGCGAGCGGAUUCGAAUGUCGAGAAGGAACUCGAUGCCACAUAUCAUGAGUCUCUGGAUGAAUUGCUGAAGAUCGCCGAUUGUGUCUCGCUGCAUACACCGCUGAACUCGCACACUCAUAACCUGAUCGACGAGCGCGCGCUAGGUCUCAUGAAGCCUGGGAGUCGGAUUGUUAAUACUGCUCGUGGAGAAGUUCUCCAUGAGGAUGCGUUGAUUAAUGCGUUGCAGUCCGGUCAUCUUUCGGCGGCGGCAUUGGAUGUGCAUUACCAUGAGCCUCAAGUCUCGCCUGUACUGGCUGGGAUGGAGAAUGUCACCUUGACGACUCACAUUGGAGGUGGAGCUCUCGAUACGAGGAUCAAUUUUGAGCUGAAUGCCAUGCGGAAUAUUCUGGCUGUUGUGGGAGAGAAGGGAGAGUUCGCCGGGGAACCUUUGACACCGGUGAAUCGCAGGGCAUUUGAAGAAGCUGAGACGCAAUAG